GAUGUCCCCAUGGACAUCACGAUGUCCUUGUGGUCCUCACAAUGUCCCCAUGGUCCUCAAGGUGUCCCCUGUGGUCAUCACGAUGUCCCCAUGCUCCUCAAGAUGUCCCCAUGGUCAUCGCAACGUCCCCAUGCUCCUCAAGAUGUCCCCAUGGUCAUCACGAUGUCCCCGUGGUCACCACAACAUCCCCAUGGACCUCAAGAUGGCUCUGUGGUCAUCAAGAUGUCCCCAUGGUCCCCAAGAUGUCCCCAUGGUCAUCACGAUGUCCCCAUGGUCAUCACAACGUCCCCAUGCUCCUCAAGAUGUCCCCGUGGUCCUCAAGAUGUCCCCGUGGUCAUCACAAUGUCCCUGUGGUCCUCAAGAUGUCCCCGUGGUCCUCAAGAUGUCCCCGUGGUCAUCACGAUGUCCCCAUGGUCCUCAAGAUGUCCCCAUGGCCAUCACGAUGUCCCCGUGGUCACCACAACAUCCCCAUGGACCUCAAGAUGGCUCUGUGGUCAUCAAGAUGUCCCCAUGGUCCCCAAGAUGUCCCCAUGGUCAUCACGAUGUCCCCAUGGUCCUCAAGAUGUCCCCAUGGUCAUCAUGAUGUCCCCAUGGUCAUCACAACGUCCCCAUGGACCUCAAGGUGUCCCCAUGGACCUCAAGAUGUCCCCAUGGUCAUCACAACGUCCCCACGGACCUCAAGAUGUUCCCAUGGUCCUCAAGAUGUCCCCAUGGUCAUCACAAUGUUCCCAUGGUCAUCACAACGUCCCCAUGGUCCUCAAGAUGUCCCUGUGGUCACCACAACAUCCCCAUGGUCAUCACGAUGUCCCCAUGGUCCUCAAGAUGUCCCCAUGGUCACCACAAUGUCCCCAUGGACCUCAGGAUGUCCCUGCAGUCCUCAAGAUGUCCCCGUGGACCUCAUCUCCUGUGGUCUCCAAGGGAUUCUCAUCAUCUCCAGGACAUCCUCGUGGCCCUCAAGAUGUCCUCAUUGUCCCCAUGGAUGUCCCCCUGGUCCUCAGGAUGCCCCUGUGGUCCUCAAGACGUCCCCAUGGACCUCAAGACGUCCCCUGGGGUCCUCAAGGUGUCCUCAUGGUCAUCAGGACGUCUCUGGUCAUCAAGGGGUUCUCAUCAUCUCUGGGACGUCCUUGUGGUCCUCAAGGUGUCCCCAUGGUCCUCAAGAUGACCCCAAGCUCUUCAGGAUGUCCCCAAGAUGUCCCCAAGGCCACCAGGGUGUCCCCAUGGUCCUCAAGAUGACCCCAAGGUCUUCAAGAUGGCCCCAAGAUGGCCCCAAGGCCACCAGGACAUCCCCAUGGUCCCCAAGAUGACCCCAAGGUCUUCAAGAUGGCCCCAAAGCUCUUCAGGAUGUCCCCAAGAUGACCCCAAGGCCACCAGCAUGUGCCCAUGUUUCCCAAGAUGUCCCCAAGGUCAUCAGGAUGUUCACAUUGUCCCCAAGAUGGCCCCAAGGCCACCAGGAUGUCCCCAUGGUCCCCAAGAUGACCCCAAGUUCUUCAGGAUGUCCCCAAGAUUUUGAAUAGUUUAAUUGUGUUUUUAUUAACGGUGCAAUUAACGAAUCGCAGCUAUUUAUUUAUUGA